GUUUGGGAGGAAGGCUUCUGAGAAGACUGGUGGGAGAGGAGAGCCUGCAGACAGAGGCCUCCAGCUUGGUCUGUCUCCCCACCUCUACCAGCAUCUGCUGAGCUAUGAGCCAAACCAGGGAUUUACAGGGAGGAAAAGCUUUCGGACUGCUGAAGGCCCAGCAGGAAGAGAGGCUGGAUGAGAUCAACAAGCAAUUCCUAGACGAUCCCAAAUAUAGCAGUGAUGAGGAUCUGCCCUCCAAACUGGAGGGCUUCAAAGAGAAAUACAUGGAGUUUGACCUUAAUGGAAAUGGCGAUAUUGAUAUCAUGUCCCUGAAACGAAUGCUGGAGAAACUUGGGGUCCCCAAGACUCACCUAGAGCUAAAGAAAUUAAUUGGAGAGGUGUCCAGUGGCUCCGGGGAGACGUUCAGCUACCCUGACUUUCUCAGGAUGAUGCUGGGCAAGAGAUCUGCCAUCCUAAAAAUGAUCCUGAUGUAUGAGGAAAAAGCGAGAGAAAAGGAAAAGCCAACAGGCCCCCCAGCCAAGAAAGCUAUCUCUGAGUUGCCCUGAUUUGAAGGGAAAAGGGAUGAUGGGAUUGAAGGGGCUUCUAAUGACCCAGAUAUGGAAACAGAAGACAAAAUUGUAAGCCAGAGUCAACAAAUUAAAUAAAUUACCCCCUCCUCCAGAUCAA